CAGAAGCGCGCGGAGGAGAUGUCAGCAACGGAACGAGGAUGUAGCACACCUGCGGGGAGCAGCGUGUCGUGCGUUUAAAGCGGGACUUCAUUCUGGAUUCAAUGCAUUUGCAGUCACUCACCAGUGAUGAGUUGGUUCCUGUUGUGGAUAAUAACUGCAGUCGGGAUUCAACAGGCCUACUCCCAGAAUUCCACUGCCAUGCCAACUGCCACAGCUGUGCACCCGUACAACCGGACACAGUACUGCAAAUGGCCCUGCGAGUGUCCCGAGGUGGCUCCUACCUGUCCACCAGGUGUGAGCCUCCUCAUGGAUGGCUGUGACUGCUGCAAGACCUGCGCCCGGCAAGUGGGCGAGGUGUGCAAUGAGGCAGACACGUGCGACUAUCACAAGGGACUGUACUGUGACUACAGCUCGGACAUGCCUAGGUACGAAAAAGGAGUGUGUGCAUAUAUGGUGGGAACAGGCUGUGAGCAUGAUGGUGUGAUCUACCGUAAUGGGCAGAGCUUUAAGCCCAGCUGUAAAUACCAGUGUGUGUGUGUGAACGGUGCCAUCGGCUGUGUGUCGCUGUGCACUGAGUCCCAGCCUCCCCGGGUGUGGUGCCAAACACCACGUCGGGUCAAAGUCCGGGGACAAUGCUGUGAGCAAUGGAUCUGUGAUGAGCCUAAGCGAGGGCGCAAGACGGCCCCACGACACGCAGUGGAGGUUUUUCCAGUUGAGACCAGGAGCUGGCAUAAGAACUGCAUUACCCAGACUACCUCAUGGAGCCCCUGCUCAAAGACCUGUGGCCGUGGCCUGUCCCUGAGGGUCUCUAACGCUAACGACCAAUGUGAGCUGGUCAAAGAGUCCCGCCUCUGCAACCUGCGGCCGUGUGAGAUCGACAUCACCAAACACAUAAAGCCAGGAAAGAAAUGUCUGAACAUCUACAGGGAGGAUCAGCCCUCAAACCUCACCAUCUCUGGCUGCACCAGCAAGAAGAUGUACAGGCCCAAAUACUGUGGUGUCUGUACAGAUGAGCGUUGCUGCAUCCCCUACAAGUUCAAGACCAUUGACGUAGAGUUUGAGUGUCCUAAUGGGGCAGGAUUCACCUGGAAGAUGAUGUGGAUCCAGGCCUGCUUCUGCAAUCUCAGCUGCAAAAACCCCAAUGACAUCUUCGCCGAGCUGGACAGUUACUAUGGUUAUCCAGAAAUCGUGAACUAAGAAAUGUCUAUCAUUCAUGCUCUCUGACUUCUUUUUUUUUGGUUUGGUUUUUUGGUUAAUUCUUAUGUAUCAUUUUGUAUUUGAGAUGUGUAUGAUUAUGUACAAUGGAUUUUCUUAUGGUCUUUUUUCCUAUUGGAAAAAUCUGUAAAUAUGAAGUAUAUAUAUAUAUAUGUGUCAUAAAGCAUGAUAUGCUUUGAAGAAUAUUUUAAGAACUGCUUCGCAAAAGAAAAUAUUCAGCCAGUGAGUGUGAGAAAUCCUGAAGGCUUAAUUUAUUUAUGUCGCUUUUGAAUAUAACAUGUUCUAGAGAUAAUCUCAAGAACAU